AUGAGUGAGUCUGCGAGCGCUACCCUGGGCCUCCUCCAGCGCCUAAGUGACGAGAAUAGGACGGAGGAGCUACAGAAUGUGAUUGCGGCGUGCAACUUUAUGGGGCUGAGGCUGCUGUGCCAGGAGCUGGGCAUUCGCAUCCGGAGCAGCAAGUACGAGGCGUACCAGACCAAAGACGGCUACGCAGAGAUCAUUUUCACUGAACUGAGGGCGAAGACCAUGCGUCGCGAUGUCCCCCCACCGUCGUGCCACUCGCCCGCCAAGAACGCGCGUGAUCUCACCCCAGUGAUGACUGGAUCGCCGGUUCCGGAAGCUAUGGUCACAUCCGAAGAGGACGAAGCCCCCGCCCACGCCGCUCUGCAGCAUCCAGCAACACGCGACGAGUGGGAAAGCAUGCUGAACCCCAACUUUAGACCUGUCAGUAAGGACAUUUUGGAGCGCACGCUCUUGAUGGUAUCGAUUGAGAAGGCAGGCAGGGCGCUGAAGGAGCUCUUCCACCCUGACUCCGACGCUGCCAAGGUUGUGCGCGCUGAGCUGACAUCGCGCCUGGAGCGACUGAAAGGGCUACAGCAAAAAGAAAAUGGAGAGGAAAAAUCGCAGCGGGCGUCUACGUUUCCGUGA